GAGAAGAGAGAAGAGGACGGAAGCUUCUCAGAGAGGUACCUGAUCAAGUGGCGAGACAAGAGCUACCUGCAUGUGACGUGGGAGUCCCCGGACACGAUCUUUGCGGAGGGAGGGAAGAUCAGGCUCAACAACUUCAUCUCCAAGUGGUGGGACGUCAUUCGAUGGGAGGUGGAAGAUCGUGGAGGAGACUACUUCGACCCGACCUUCGCCGAGGUCGAGCGGAUCGUGGCGAGCCGGGAGAGGCCGGAGGAGGGUGAGGAGGAUGCAGUGAUGGAAUAUCUUUGCAAAUGGAGAAACCUCCCAUAUGCGGAGGCCACGUGGGAGCGAAGAGAGUCGAUCGUGGACUCUGUGGGAUCGCAGGUGGCGAGCGAGAAGAUCCGGCAGUUCGAGUUGUUCUCAAAGAUCCCCGACAACAAGAGGGAGAAGCGUCCUCCUGUUGAGCGGAUCUCACAGUCAGAGGACAUCGAGGACUACGUGAAGGAGUGCUUCUUCAAAGGCAACUCCCUCCGCGAGUACCAGCGUGAGGGCGUCAACUGGCUCAUCUUCAACUGGCUCCAGCGCAGAGGCUCCAUCCUUGCCGAUGAGAUGGGACUAGGAAAGACAGUCCAGGCGGUGGGCUUCAUGUCAUGGCUGAACCAGAAGCAGGGAAGACGCGGCCCGUUCCUUGUGGUGGCUCCUCUAUCCACCAUACCCCACUGGCUUCGAGAAGUCGAAGCGUGGACGGACUUGAACGCAAUAGUCUUCCACGGCAACCAGGACUCAAGGGACAUCAUCUUCAAGUACGAGUUCUACUUCCUUGAUGAUGAACACCGAAAGGUGUCGGAGGAGCUCAAGUUCAACGUGCUGAUCACGACGUGGGAGGUGGUGAUGAAAGACGAGGAGAACGGAGGUAUUCUUGCUGACAUCAUGUGGGACUGCGUGAUCGUCGACGAGGCCCACCGGUUGAAGAACAAAUCGUCCAAGACUUUCACCUCCCUCAAGUCCUUCAAGGCCGUCCCCCCCUGCUCGAACCCUGACGAUGCAGCGCACUGCGUCCUGAUGACUGGGACUCCCUUGCAGAACAACACGGAGGAGCUGUGGUGCUUGCUCCACUUCCUCUCCCCCAACAACUUCGACAACCUCGAGCUCUUCCUCGACCGCUACGGGAACCCCCCAGAGACCGCCGGGCAGAUCGUGGAGCUGCGCAAGGCGCUCCAGCCCUUCAUGCUCCGCAGGCACAAGGAGGAUGUGGAAAAGUCUAUCCCCCCCAAGGAAGAGAUCAUUGUAGAGGUUGAGAUGUCGCAGCUGCAGCGGACUACGUAUAAGUCGAUCCUCGAAAAGAACUUCGACUGGCUGAGGAAGGGAGCCAAGGGAGCGCAAGUGCCUGCGCUGAGAAAUGUGGAGAUGGAGCUUCGCAAGUGUUGCAAUCAUCCAUACUUGAUCGACGGGGUGGAGGAGCAGGUCUGCCUUGCACGUCUGAAGUUUCUGCGGCAGGUCAGGAGCCAUUCGUCGGGUGCGGACAUGCUGCAACAGCUCAUUUUUCAUUCCGGCAAGAUGGUCUUGCUCGACAAGAUUCUCCCGAAGCUGCGGACGGAGCAUCACCGUGUGCUGAUCUUCAGCCAGUUCAUCCGCGUGCUGGACAUGCUGGAGAAGUACAUGCGGGCCAAGGAGUUUCCCUUCGAGCGGAUUGAUGGUCGGAUCCGAGGGAACAUGCGUCAGAGCGCCAUUGAUCGGUACAACGAGCAGGGAGAUCACAGGUUCGUGUUCCUCAUCUGCACCAAGGCUGGGGGGAUGGGGAUCAAUCUGACAACGGCGGACACCGUCAUCAUCUUUGACAGCGACUGGAACCCUCAGAACGACCUGCAGGCUCAGGCGAGAUGCCACAGGAUCGGGCAGACGCGGGAGGUGAAAAUCUACCGGCUCAUCACGGUGAAGACUUACGAGAGGAGGAUGCUGGAGCGGGCGUCGCAGAAACAGGGUCUGGAGCAGGCGGUGAUCACGGGGAAGCAGGGGACGAAGAAGACGAGCAAGGAGGACAAGAAGGAGCUGGAGCGGCUGCUGCGGCACGGGGCUUACGAUCUCUUCAAGAAGGAGGCGGAAGAGGAGAGCACAAAGUUUAACGAGGAAGACAUCGAAUCUAUCCUGCAGCGGCGAAGUACCAAGAUCGUGGAAGACAGUGGGGCUCGGUCAGCUGGGAACUCGUUCUCAACGGCGAGCUUUGUGCCGGCAUCAGCUGGGGCAGAGAUCGACUACAACGAUCCGAACUUCUGGGAGAAGUUGAUG